AGUGCAGUACUGGGAAGGGACCAUGAUGUUCUCAGUGUGAGCACAUUGCUGCAGACACAGGACCUGUCACGGUGAGUCUGGGGGCUGCAUUUACUGCAAGGCGCUGCAAUGCCAGUAUUUUAUCACAAAUUGUGCUCUCCUAAAUGAAACAGCAUUAUGCAUUCAAUAAAAAAACAAACAAAAAAAAAAUCUAUAAACUACCUGUUUGAUCUGAAUUUUAUAAAUUACAGUCCUGGGCUGUUUGCCCUGUUCAGAGAGUUUUAUUGGUAAAUCUGAAUUGCUUCUAAUUCAUCUUAUUUUAACUGGUGUGCAAUGCACAGUUUGCCAGGUAGGUGUAACAGGUAUAUUGCAAAAUGCUUAAUUCUGCUCCACUUACAAAUCUCAUACUUCUUGUUCUGUAAAGUGAAUGCAUGUAGUUAUUUACAGUUCUAUAUUCACAUGUAUUUAAUGGCUUAAUGUGAAAUGACUGAAAGAUUCAGUUAUAAUGUGGUCACCCUGUACAUUGCAGGAGUGUUGAUGUUGAUACAUCAGCUGUAAUGUUUGCAGGAUCUUAUCUAUGAGGUAAGACAGUUACUUAAAGGGGCACCAUAGGCACCCAGACCACUUCAUCUCAUUUAAAUGGGCUGGCUACAGUGCCCCUGUCCCCUUUAGCCCUGCAUCUGAGAACAUUGCCGUUUUGGAGAACCUGCAAUGUUUAAAUUGCAGGAUUAAACUGUGGGUCUAACACACAGCCAUUAGAGGUGCCUACUGCAGCUUCAUGGUGUUUAGCUUAAUGAAACGACGCUGGACGUCCAGCGAAUUUGCAAGUACCCAUAGGAAAGCAUUGAUUCGGUCUUUAGUGUUUUUUGAGUGUUCUGCAUUCUCUUGAUGGGCUUUAAAGGGACACUAUAAACAGUACAACCACUACAGUUUAAAGGGAAAUAUGGUUACAGUCUAAACUCAAACUCUGGGAGAUGACACCUGAUGGCUCUGUCCCUGUACUUCCUAUGAAGGUGCAGUUGAGAAGGUCUCAGCCUAUCAGUAGUGCAGAGGUUUCCUGAUUUGAAGCUUCUGAUUUUCAUAGGAAUUUUAUAUGAGUAGUGGUAUCGCACUCCAUCUUCUAGCGUUUGGAGUUAAACCAUUAACAAACCGUUUAACCUCUUAAAGUAAGACUGUGUCUGGGUCCUCAUCAACACAACCACUUCAUUGUGCCUUUAAUUUAGUGUUUCUCGUGCAAAGAGACUAAGCCGUCAUCCUCUUAAUGAAUUCUGCCUUAGCUAAAAAUAAAUAAAAUAAAGUCUUCCUGGUAUAGUGCUGCAAUGUAUGCAGAACUGACUUUUAGUAUCUUUUUGCACGUAAUAAAGACCACAAACUCUCCCCAUAGAGAUGCAUGAGAAGGUGCUGAGUGGUACAGAAUAGUAAUUGCUGUGCAUGCACACUAGCCCCCCUGCUCCUGUAGGAAUGUGUUGGAUUAACUAAGAACAUUAUUAUUGAUAUCAGUCAUGAUAGAGUAGUGGCCUCAAGGAGUAAAAUACUCUGUUAGGAAUACUUGUUGAAAAAAUAAAAAUAAAUUAAUAUAUAUUUUUAUUUAAAGGACCACUAUAGUCACCCAGACCACUUAAGUUAAAUGAAGUAGUCUGUGUGCCAGGUCCCUCAGGUUUUAACCCUUCAGAUGCAAACAUAGCAGUUUAAGAGAAACUGCUAUGUUUACAUUUGGGGUUAAGCCAGCCUCUAGUGGCUGUCUUCCUAAAAGCCAUUAGAGGCACAUUUGCGACGCUGGAGGCAUAUUAUGCCUCCAUCGCGCAGAGCGUCUAUAGGAAAGCAUCAAGAAAUGCUUUCCUAUGGACAUUUUGAAGCGCGCACGGUACUUGGCGCGCAUUCUCAUUUAACUCCACUGAUGUCGGCGGGGGAGGAGAGGUCACCAGCGCCAAGGGAACCCAGCGCUGUAUUAAGGUAAGUGGCUGAAGGGGUUUUAAACUCCUUCAGCGCCAUGGGAGGGGGACCCUGAGGGUGAGGGCACCCUCAGGGCACUAUAGUGUCGCUAUAGUGAUCCUUUAAUGUUAGUGUGUUCUUUACCUUUUUAGGUUAUGGAUACCCCACACUUGGAUACCCCUGCUAAUCUUCUGCAAUCAUCUGUCAGGAUGAAUUUUUUUUUUUUUUUCCCCCAAUACAAUGCUUCUCACUCAUCGCUGUGGAGAAACACUGAGUCUAAUGUUUCUAAGUGAGCUGCAUUCCCAGAGUUCACCUGAACACGAAAACUUUUAGUAAGUGAAAGUUUUCAGUGAGGAAGUGUAACGAGCGCUUACCUUUCCCCGCCGGUCCCGCGCAGCGCCGGGUCCUCUUCCAACACUUCCGGGGGGCGGCUCAGCUCUUCUGACGCCGGCCGCUCAGAACACGCCCACCUUUAUGACGCGGCGCAUGUGUGCUGACGUCAGAUAGAAAAUGCCGCCAAAAUUCAAAUGUGGCCACGCUCCCGGACUUUUUGGGGGCGUGGCUUCAAAAUUAAAGCCAAAGAACCCACACUAUAUAAGGGCUAUCAUGACACUGGUCAGAUGCCCUAGUGUGGUUCUUGUUUAAAGUCCCCUGGUGCUAUUAUCUCUGUUUGUCCUUCUUGGUAUUUGACCCUUGGCUAUCUCUCCGACUAUUCUGUUUUCUGGUUUCCCGUUACUUGGCUUGGAUAAUCGUGUGCCCGUCUUCCGUAUUCCCUUGACCUCUGGCUAUUCCUUUAACUAUUCUCAGACGCUAGUCCGGCCAUUCUAAGGUCCGGUAACCGUCUUUCUGUGGGUUUCACGCUGCGUGAAAGGGUCACUGUUGUGACAUUGGUCACUGUCGUGACAGGAAGUACCUCUAGUGGCUGUCAGCUAGAUGUAAAUAUGGCUAUAUUCUACAGGGGCUAUGCACCAAAACUAUAACAUUAAGGUGAAGUGGGUUUUGCGGAUUGGUGUAAUCAUUUGAGGAGAUGAAAUAAGGAAACACGCUUGCACCAGUACACAGUUAGAGGUUUGUUUUUGUUUUACAAAAGCUGGAAAGCACAAUGAAUUAGAAGCAAUGUUUAGUAAAAGCUACGUCGUUAGGAGAGUAUUUUAUUUUUGUUGUAGGUCAUCUAGCUUAAAAUGUCAAUAGUGCAGGCUUCCCCAAACUCCGGCCCUCCAGAUGUUGCUGAACUACAACUCCCAUGAUUCUAUGAAUGAACUAGGUAGGCUGAGAAUCAUGGGAGUUGUAGUUCAGCAACAUCUGGAGGACCGGAAUUUGUUGAAGCCUGCACUAGAGGAUGUGGGAUGUUCUAGUUAAAAAUCAAUUCGUGCACGCUAGUUAAAGCUUUGUGCUCUUAGCAAUGUCCAGAAUCGCUAAACAAUUCCCCUUUUCUAUUGAAGGUUUAAUGCAGCUGUGUGAACACAAGACUUCUAACAGUGUGACAGGUUUAUGUUGGAUACAGUAUGUGUAACGGCUAAUAGUUCAUUGGAAAGCAUGUGAUGAAAUACGACUAAUGCACAUCUAAUUAUAAAUACCAUGUAAAUUCGAUUAACAAAAUUAAAUGCAUUGAUAAAACUACAGAUAUGAGACUGACUUAUGUGUCUAACUUGUGUACAGUUAAUCACGGUUGACUGUUAAUAAUGCCAAACAUUGAUAUGUUGGAAGAGAUACAUAGCCUCAGGGAUUGACUGGCUUGUAGGCUGGACCAGCUGCAUUACUCUGCUUUUACAAAUGUGAUAACUUGACAACUAGCACAGUGAGAAGGAUAAAACAAAUGAGGUGAUUUAAAAUAGGACUAUGAAUUAUUACGCAUGGCAGUGGCCCCUUAAAGAAUAGAAUGAUAACUUUAAAAUAGAAUCAAACAAAGAACUCGUGUCAUUUAUUUAUAUUUCUUCCCAAUAUGGAGCCGUCAUUUUCUUGCAGUUUUGGAGCACAGUGUUCCACUGUAAUUAGUGGCUUAUUGUCUGUUGAUUACAACAAAGAGCAGUUCUAUAUAGAACAAUGCACGAUAAGGAGGACCAGGGGUAUUAGACUCUGCUGAAUGUUGGAUUGGAUCUCUAAACCCUGGAACUUUCAAACACAAUGAAAUCGAUACAAAAACAAAGACAUGGGUCUUGUCAUCUUUCAACGCAUUGUACAUGCUACUAGUAAUAAGGGGCAUAUGAAGAAAAAAACACCAAAACAAACAAAUAAUAUCUUCUUGUGGGUCUAUGCCAUUAUUACCAACAUUGUGCACAUGUAUUUAUUUAUUGUGGGAAUAUUGUGAUAGUGUAUUCUGACACUUCAAGAGCAAUUCCAAUCACUUUGUUUGAAUAUAUACUUGUUUUCAUGUACUUUUAUACAUUUUUAAUAAGUUUUAUGGGUUAGAGGGAUCCUAUAGUGCCGGGGAAAACAAACCCGUUUUCCUGGCAUUAUAGACUCCUGGAGCGCUCCCCCUCCUGGGGGCUGAUGAGGUUAAAACCCCAUCAGCCAUUUACUGAAUCUAGCGCCGAUGUCCUUCGGCGCUGGGUCAGGCUUCUCCCCCGCCGUCAGCUAGCGGGAGAGACCUAAUGCGCAUGCGCGGCAAUGGCCGCACGUGCAUUAGACCUCCCCAUAGGAAAGCAUUAUUCAAUGCUUUCUUAUGGGGAAAAUCUGACGCUGGAGGUCCGUGAGGAUGUCCAGUGUCAGAUAACGGACCAAAAGUCCGUUUUGGAUUCAGGAAGCCCUCUAGUGACUGUCUGGUAGAUAGGCACAUAGGGCAGACUUAGAGCUGUAAUGUAAACAUUGCAGUUCUCCGGAACUGCAAUGUUUUACAAGCCAGCACUAAGUGCAGAAGGGUCACAGCACCCAGACUACUUCAGCUAGCUGAAGUGGGCUGGGUGCCUACAGUGUCCCUUUAAGUAAAGCCAGAAGAUUAGAAUAUUGUGUUUAACCCUAUGUUGAUAGGCUUAAAGAAGUAGGAGCCAGCUAAACAAAAAUAGGAGCAAGUUUUUUUUUGUUUUUUUUUUCAAGAAGACUAGAAUUGAGGCUGCCUGCCUCAAUUCUGCCUUAGCCGGCCGCCACAAGGGUGCAAGAGGGAGCUGCUUCUGCAGCCGCUGAACUGUCUGAGAAACACCAAGACAAAAUUCCUACUUACCAUGGCUUGAAGUGGCAUGAUAGUCACCAAAACAACUUUAGCUGAAUAAAGCAGCCGCUCUAAACUAUUAUAGUGAUUAUGAUGCCCCCUGACUUAUGCAGCCUUCCUAAACACUUCCAGUAAAGAAAGCUCCUUUGUUUAAACUUUAUUAAAACAGACUAAUGUAUCUUUUUUUUUUUCAUUUUUUUUUUUUAUUAUUAUAUCCUGGUCUGUCUUCUAGACCCUGCAGGAGCCUCCUGUAUAUGAGUAAAGUUCAAUUUACAGAGCAGGAGUUAAAAACGUCUAACACAAGUUAACAUCUGAUUAAAAAUGAAACCAUUUUCUGAUGCAGGCAGUCACAGACUGGGGAGCAAGAGAAACAAAAUUGCAUGUAAUUGAGCAGUGAGACUGCAGAGGCAUAAUCUGUACACACAUAACUGCUACAUUAAAGGAACACUAAAGUGUCCGCAAUACAAAUCUAUAUUCCUGACACUAUAGUUCUAAUAGUGCCAUUUAGGUGGCUGACCUCCUCGCCCCUGAUUAAAACUGCAUUUAAUUAACUUUUUUUCCUGUGUUGUGUGGAUCUGUCACAUCUGACUCUGCCCCUGCUACACCUCUUUGGCUGAGAUCAUCAAACUUGAUGAUCUCUGCUAAUUCAAUGCUAUCUAAUAAGAAAGUAUUGGGAGGCUAUUGCGCAUGUGCGGCAAAAUGCCGCUCUGCAUCAAUCCGCAUCUCCUCAUAGAGAUACAUUGAAUCAAUGCAUCUCUAUGCGGACCGCUGAGCGUCUCCAUGCAGGGCGUGGAGACGCUAAACAAAGGUGCUGCACACAGUGCCUUCUGAGUGACAUCCACUAGAGGCGUUCCUAGGCAGUUUCUCUGAAAAAGUAGCAAUUUUACAUUGUAGAGACCAGCAGUAGAUACCAGAACUGCAUUAAAGGGACACUAUAGUCACCAGAACAACUACAGCUUAUUGAAUUUGUUUUGGUGAGUAGAAUCAUUACCUUCAGGCUUUUUGCUGUAAACACUGUCUUUUCAGAGACAAUGCAGUGUUUACAUUACAGCCUAGUGAUAACUUCACUGGCCACUCCUCAGAUGGCUGUUAGAGAUCCUUCCUGGGUCAUGGCUGCCUAAAAUGCAUCCAAACAUUCAGUAUCUCCUCCCUCUGCAUGCAGACACUGAACUUUACUCAUAGAGAUGCAUUGAUUCAAUUAAUCUCUGAGGAGAUGCUGAUUGGCCAGGGCUGUGUUUGAAUUGUGCUGGCUCUGCCCCUGAUCUACCUCUUUGUCAGUCUAAGCCAAACCUAUGGGGAAGCAUUGUGAUUGGAUCAGGCUACCACUUCUGCUGAUGUCAGCAGACUGCUUGUUUUUCUGAGUCGAACAGCAUGCAGAGUUACAGCUUCUGGCUUGAAUACAGUACAAUUUUUACUAUAUUUAUGGAGGCAUGAGGGGCCCAGGGGGCUAGAUGGUGGUUUUAACACUAUAGGGUCAGGAAUACAUGUUUGUGUUCCUGACCCUAUAGUGACCAUUUAAGCUGCAGUUGUUCUGAUGUCUUUUUUAUUUUUUUUUAUUAUUAUUUUUUUUAUUUUUUUAUUUCAUAAUCAAACGUGACACUCAACAAACCCCUAGUCAGUUCACGUAUUUCAAGUGUUCCUGCUCCAGUACACCCAGUGCAUCUAAUGAAGCCCUUGAUUAGUUGCAUCUGGUGUUCUUAAUACAGCACCUGCUUUACAUAGAGGGAUACUAUUCAGGGGGUUGAAUAAUUUUGAGACUGGAGAAGUCAUUAUAAGUUGCGUUUUCAGUUGAAUUUGGGGAAACCACUUGAAGCAUUCAUUGUGUUGAGCUAUAUCAAUUGCUUUGGUUUAAUUUGUUCAUCGCAAACAGCUGAAAGCCUGUAAAUUUUGAUAAUAAACCUGAUUUUCAAUGGCGGUUGAAAAUUUAACCAUAGCUGCACUAUAGUAAAUCAACCGCAUAUAGUUACAAUAUAAUAUAUUUAUAAUACACCUGUUAUCUUUAUUUGCUGCUAACCAUGUGUGUUUUUUUUUUUGUUUUUUUUUUAACAUGUGUUUAUGAUUAUUUAAUGUGUUUGACUCAUCAAUAACCCUAGCAAUAAGCAUGUAUAUUUGUUUCACACUAUAUAGCCUUCUAUAUUGUUUUCGAUAAAGUUGUUUUUAUGCCUAUGGUAUCCCAUUUUAAUGUCAAUGGGCAGUACAAAUUUUAAGAUGGAUCCUAAAUUUUCAAAAUUGCUACCCCAUCCAUGUUGUUCAUUGCCCAUAUCCCCCUUGUUGGCGGUGGGAUGAACUCCAGCUCUGUUGUGUCCCUGCCUGCCGCUGGGGACAGAUUUUUGCUGUAGAAAGCUAAAUUGAUGGUUCCCAUGUGUUGUACUUUGGGCAUACUGCUUGUCUACAUUUGGCCAAAGAAGCAUGAUGUAAUAUAGAGCAGGGUAACAAGUGCUCGUUUAGCCACUACAUACUGCAGUUUUGGUCUUGCGUUCCAAUGUUGCCUGUCUUCUUAUCUUAUUACUUUGCACGGUUAUUCCUUCAGUUUUGUCUUGCUUAUUUUGGCUCUAAGUGUCUUUGGCAAUUUGACAUGUUAGGGCUGCGUUAAGGAAGUGAGAAAGAGGAACAGCUCAGUCUGUCAACAUUCCUCACUGCUUUGACGAGAAAUUAUCGGGAUUUUCUGAGUUUUACAAGGUAUGGUUUUUAUCAACAUACAUCAUUCUGUGUUGGAAUCUCCUGUGUGACUUGUCUAACUGCAAAUUCCUAAGGACACAUUGUGCAAGACUGAUUCUGGGGUGCUCUGAUCUAACACACUAUCUUACUAUGUUACGAUGGUAUAAUCUAGUGCAGGGGUAGGCAACCUUUUAGCAGCACUGUGGAGAUAUAGGAUUGUGAUGUCCCAUAGCGUGCCGGUCCUAUAUUUUUAUUUAUUUUUUUAUUUUUAUUUUUUUAAAUCGAGGGGUGUAUGAUGGCGUAUUCUACUUGUGUUAUUUUUCCUGUAAUUGCUUUGUAUCGUUGUAUUUGUGUGUAUAUGCAGGGCCGUCUUUAAUAGUGACUGGACCCUGGGCAAAGCAUUUGCUUGGGGCCCCCUGGACCCUGUUCCCCCUCCUCAGGCAUGCAAUCACGUCCUCCACCUCAACGCAGUGGCGGACCUAAAGUAGAGAGGUGCAAGAAUUUUUGGGGGUCUCCCUGUUGCACAGGUGAUUAAAAGGUAGAUCCCCAUCUGUCGUGCAACUCCAGAAAUGCAUUGACAGCUGGGGCUCUACCAUUUACCCAUGUUUUCAGGUCUGUAUUUAGCACUAAGCAGUUUUUGUGUGUUUGAAUGUAAACAGGUUUUUGUAUGGAAUAUGUUUGUAUGUGGUGUUGGCGUGAUUGCAAGCAUGUAUUUGUGUAGUGUUGGUGUAACGAAAUCCCUUAUUAAAGGACCACUCUAGGCACCCAGACCACUUCAGCUUAAUGAAGUGGUCUGGGUGCCAGGUCCUUCUAGGGUUAACCCAUUUUUCAUAAUUAUAGCAGUUUCAGAGAAACUGCUAUAAUUAUGAAUGGGUUAAGCCUUCCCCCUAAUCCUCUAGUGGCUGUCUCAUUGGCAGCCACUAGAGGCGCUUGCGUGCUUCUCACUGUGAUUUUCACAGUGAGAGCACGCAAGCGUCCAUAGGAAAGCAUUGUAAAUGCUUUCCUAUGCGACGGGCUGAAUGCGCGCGCAGCUCUUGCCGCGCGUGCGCAUUCAGCCGGCGGGCGGAUCGGAGGCGGAGAGGAGGAGGAGAGCUCCCCGCCCAGCGCUGGAAAAAGGUAAGUUAUUACCCCUUUCCCCCUUCCAGAGCCGGGCGGGAGGUGGACCCUGAGGGUGGGGGCACCCUCAGGGCACUAUAGUGCCAGGAAAACGAGUAUGUUUUCCUGGCACUAUAGUGGUCCUUUAAACAGACCAUGCGAACCAGCCUGUUCGGUUUUUUGGUUACAGAGUGAUUUCGUGCAAAUAGCGAGAAAAACGAAUGAACUACCGAACCACCCGACCUCCCACUGAGGUCGUGUGGCGCCUAUUAACCACCCAGACUUUUGCGGUUAACCACAGACUAAUUGGGGAAUAGCUGGUGGUCCGCGUUCGUUUACCGAACACGUGGCAAUCGCCAUUUUGGAUUGCCGAACGCUCAGCGGUAAAUGGCGAGGAUUCCCUGUAACUAAUUUCGGCUACUUAUUUUGUCGAACACCGCUACUACCUCUUCAAAUCCUCGUUCGUACGGUGGAAAAAACACAAGAAUGUCGGAGAUACUACUUCAUUCGUGCGUUUGAAAUAUGCGAUAGUGACCAACCCCAGAUAGCUACAGUAUGGAACUUGUAGUCGGCUACAAUCACACGAACGGCUGGCGAAAGCCAAACUUCAGUCGACUUUUCUGAGAACUGUGUUUGUGGGAUCUGAGCGCUAUUCGCCUAGAAUAUGCACUCAGAUCCAAGCUAUCUGGGGAUAUGUGGGACUUAAAGUUUAUGUUAUGUAAAAUGAAAGUUAUAGAUUUUUAUGCUGUUUUGCUAAAAUAAGAAAAGCCAUGUUUCUUUCUACCUGGAGAUAAUUAAGGCUCUUUUUACUCACUUAAGUUAAUUAUCUCCAGGAUGGAAAAGAGGGAGUGAUUUAUGGAAAAGGGAGUGCUUAUCCUAUAGCCACUGUGAUUGGCUACUGUAAUGCUUUUGUUCCAGUCUUCCAUCUGGUCCCCUAGGGGAGUGUCCACCAGGUGGGAGACCUGCAUAAAUACCGGGCGGGUAGCCCACAGUAAAUCAGAUCGUUUUACCCCCUUCAUGAAGUCUCGACUCAUGUUUGGGGGAUUGGGAGUUAUAAUCGCUUCGUUUCAGCUGGAUUUCGGGAGAAGCUGCAAGGAUCAUCGCUGCACAAAUAGAAAGAUCCUUUACAGUUGGUUUUUAAAAGCAGGGGUGUAUUUACAUAUAAUUUUGGUGUGUAACACAGACGUGUUUGUACGUAGUGUUGAAAUUUGAAUGCAGGGUGUAUAUGUGUGUAGUGUUUGUGAUUUCUGAGGUGUGUGUGUGUGUGUGUGUGUGUAUGUGUGUAUGUAUGUAUAUAUAUAUAUAUAUAUAUAUAUAUAUAUAUAUAUAUAUAUAUAUAUAUAUAUAUAUAUAUAUAUAUAUAUAUAUAUGUAUAUGUGUGUGUGUGUGUGUGUGUGUGUGUGUAUGUAUGUGUAUAUAUAUAUAUAUAUAUAUAUAUAUAUACGCUGAAAUGCGCGCACAGACAUGCUGACAUACACUGACAGAGAAAUGCUGACACACAAAGACAUACUGACACAGACAUACACUUUAAAACCCACCCUCCAGUUUCCUACCUUUCCUGCUGGUGGCUGAAGGUGUUGGGAGUUGGGGUCUAGCGCUCUCGGCCUGCCCCCCUCCAAUCUGACUACUCUUCUUCUUUCCCGUGCGCUCCUCUCUUUGUGGGAGGAAGUGAUGCGCGGCCGUCACUUCCUCCCAGCCUGCUGCCAAAAAGCAAGGGGCCCGCUCGCACCGUUAAAGCGCCUCAGUGUGCGACCGGGCCCCUGCUGACAGAAGCCCACCGGGUGGUCCUUUGUGUAUGGGCCACCCGGUGGGCCUCCUUAGUGUGCGGAUUACCAGCCAGAGAGUUAAAAAUAGUUGAAGCCAGCAGGGCUCACGGUGCAGCUGGCCAGUUUGCCCCACGUUAAAGACGGCCCUGCGUAUACGCGCUAUUAUAUUGUAUAUGUUCAUGAGUAGUUUAUGGUAUUGUGUAUGAUACACAUGAAUGUGGGCAGUGUAUGUGGGCUGCUUGUGGAAUUGUGUGUGUGUGUGUGUGUAUAAGUCACAGUGUGUGUUUGGUAGUGGGUGGGGGCUGUUUGGGGUAUUGCAUGUGGGGUUGUGUGCAUGUAUGUGGAUUGUUAGUGGUGUUUCGAUUGUGUGCAUGUUUGUGUGUGGGCUGUCUAUAUUAUUUGUAUGAGGGGAGGGUUAUUCUGCAUUUGUGUGUAUAUCUAGCAGUGUGGCUGGUUUCCAGUGGGGACUAGACCGGCCAGGUACAUGUCAAGGACAGGAGCUGCAACAGCAACUGUGAGCUGCUCUACUACAGUGUGGAUUCCUAUUCACAAGUGCUGAGAGGAAGUGAUCUGAGAUCACUACCUCUACGUGCUGCAAUGCAUAAAUUGAGGAUUGUCCUUCACCACCUUUCCGAUUAGCAGAUAUCUGAAGUUUUACUGGGACUCCUGAUAGGCCAGAGCCUGUUUGGCUCUAGCAGCCUCGAGUGCCGUGCAAAGACACCUCGAGUGCCGUGCAUGGCACUAGUGCCGUAGGUUGCAUACCCCUGAUCUAGUGCUUCAAUGUAAAUAUUGACACACACUGGACCACUUUGGGAUUAUAUAUCCCUGGACCAAAGAAGCAGAGUGACCUAAUGGUAGAUAUUAAACUACAGAACUUACUUAAGGGUAUUAAAGAAAGUUGUGUAAACUUGGCACCACGUGUUUUCAUAAGGUGAAUACAAAUAAACCCCAUUUCUUUGAUAUGUGCCCUAAAAACAUUUGUGCCAUUUUGGUUUUGUGCUGCAAAAAUUAAGUUUUGCUAGUAGUCAGAAAUGCAAACCCCUGCUCUCCUAUAUUUACCCUAAACGCAAACACUCAGGAAUUGGCACAAGCCAGUACAAUAGUAUAUUUCUAUUUGAUUCACUACAUGGUUUGCAAACUGGGUGGAGAAUGAGGUCACAUGGCCUAAAAUAAGUAUAAUAUUUCAGAAGCCAAAACUACACAAAUGUUUGGGGUUUUUUUUUUUUGGACACACAUAGUUGGAUAGAAAAUGGAAAAUGUGUAAUUACAUGGAUGCAAAGUGGGUGGAGAUUUAUAUGUAUCAGCCCAUUGUGUGUGUGUGUGUGUGUGUAUGUGUGUGUGUAUAUAUAUAUAUAUAUAUAUUAUAUAAGCAACGGGUCUGAUACGAAAGCAGCACAAACCUAUAACGUUGUUCAGUUUCCAAUUUAUUAGAUUGAUUCACUAAUCCAUGAAGUUUUUUUUUUUUUGUUUUUUUUGUGUGAGUAAAUUGAUCCAAGUAUGGUAAUGUGGCUUACAUUUUGCAGGCUGGCCUUCGCUACACUGGAUAAUGUGUUGACGCCCCAUUCAAAAGGUUAUUUGUGGAUUAACUCUGUGUAAAGAGUGUUAAAGAGCUUGGAUCCCAAAUCUACAUACAGUCUGCUUUGUGCUUCUCACAUUUGUAACCUGUAUGUUGUCUGUAUGAAUGAAAGCUAUGUAGGUGCAAAUUGUGAAUUAGGAUUGCAAUACAGUACUAUAAUGCUACUGUCUUUUUGUUUAGACAGCUUGGACCCCAGUCUUUUUUAUUGAGGACCCUGCAUGAUCCAGCGCAGGCUGUUCACUACCGUCAGCAGAAUGGUUGAAGAGGCCAAGAAACUUGCAGGAUAUGCGGCUGUAGACAACCACGUGAAGGUAUUAUGUGCUGUGUACCAAGGGAGGGCCUGGUAUUAUACACUGCAUUGUGUUAAAUCAGGUGACAUUACUUUGGCAGAGUUUUUAUUAGACGUAUCAGGGCAGGAAUGCUUUGCUAGCCUUCUAUUUAACUUGUGCAAAAUCGCUCAUGUGUAUAGUUUAACCGUGUGACUGCCAGGAAGCUAAGUACUGUACAUAUCUUAACACCAAACCCUUACAGAGGCAGCACAUUUAAACAAGGAAAACACAUUUUCUGCUUUAACCCCUUAAGGACACAUGACGGAAAUAUUCCGUCAUGAUUCCCUUUUCUUUUUGAAGUUGUGUCCUUAAGGGGUUAAGAUAUUUCUUGAGCAUGUGAGUAAUGGGGAUUGACCGAUACAAUUUUUCCAGAGCCGAUACCGAUUUAUCGUUCGCCUUUUGGGCUCAUUGCCAAUAAUUGGUGCCGAUAUUCUGUACAUUUAAAGUUUUGAAGAAGUAACAAAACUUUCUCCACAAAUCUGGCAUUAACUGAACAUGCUGACAGCGGUCACAUUCCUAUCAUGCUCAGGCAUCCAGUACAUCUCCGAUCAAAGCAUGUACAGUGCUGUUACAGAUAGGAGUGUGAUUGCUGCAACCACACUCCUAUCACUCUGUCAGCUAGCCAGUACAUUACAGUAGAUUAUUCGCAGUCUCUCCUUCAGCUGAACUCCGCAAAGAAAGGGGUGACGUGAGGCCACGACAUGGUGCUUCAUUGGCUGGCGGCUAGAGUUUCUGGAUGCAGAAAACAGCGUGUGGUGACUGGGUGUGGUAAGUUAUCAGUAAAUUACAAGGUCAAUACCGAUUAUUGGUAAAAUGUAUAUAGGCUCUAAUAAUCGGUGGAAUUGAUGAUUGAUCUGUCCCUGAUAUGUUAGUUAAUAGGUAAUUGACAAAAUGUAUCCUUAACCCUUUAAGGAUCAAACUUCUGGAAUAAAAGGGAAUCAUGACAUGUCAGACAUGUCAUGUGUCCUUAAGGGGUUAAAGGAUUACAUCAUCCAAAAACACUAUUUGGGGAUGUAGUGAGUUAAGCUGGUGUAAUCCAUUAUUUUACCUUUUCCCUAAACAUUACCUGUAUCCUCAGCCCAGGCCUUUUUUCCUCCAGUAUUCAUGUUAUGCAUUUGAGAACUGCCAUCUUAGCUAUUUUCCAGUCGGCCUCUGUUUUCUCCUGCAUUUUGACAUUAUCAAGGUCAAGCUGUUUACAAACCGCAUGAGAAAGUUACUGAAGGCAUAUUUAACUUUUAUAUUUAAAGGACCACUCUAGGCACCCAGACCACUUCAGCUUAAUGAAGUGGUCUGGGUGCCAUGUGCAGCUAGGGUUAACCCAUUUUUUUAUAAACAUAGCAGUUUCAGAGAAACUGCUAUGUUUACAAAUGGGUUAAUCCUUCCUCCAAAGCCUCUAGUGGCUGUCUCAUUGACAGCCGCUAGAGGCGCUUGCGUGAUUCUCACUGUGAAAAAGUACAGUGAGAGCACGCAAGCGUCCAUUGGAAAGCAUUGUAAAUGCUUUCCUAUGAGACCGGCUGAAUGCGCGCGCAGCCGAAUGGGAGGAACGGAGGAGGAUCGAAGGAGGAGAGCUCCCCGCCCAGCGCUGGAAAAAAAAAAAAGUCAAGUCAUGCAUAUUUAUUUUACAGUAAUAUUGCCUUUCCCAAAUAGCUUUGUGCAGACUGAAGCAGUAACGAAUACUGAAAUUUGAACAGUAUGAUACACGGGUGGAUUAACCUGGUUUGUGACAUGCAUUUUAUUUUCACUUUUCCUCAGAACAAUCAAGCUAUUGGCAUUGGAAGUGGCUCUACGAUAGUCCAUGCAGUAAAGCGACUAGGUACGGUUUAAACAAACCCUGUUUUCAGGUUGUGUGCUUUAUUUUUUUUUUUUAUUUUUUUUAUUUUUUUAUUUUUUUUUUUUAUUUUUUUUUUUUUAAAAUAAAUUUUUGACUGGUAUGAAAUGUGAUGGAUUAAACCAAGUUUGACUUGGCAGCUCCUUUUGCAUCCACACGGAUUUAUUGUCCAGUGUGUAUAUAUAAUUUCAAAAUCUUGUUGUAAGGGUCCUAUACCACCAGUAAAUUUAUUACUCUAAAUAGCGACUAACCCCUAACAGGAAAAAAAAAUGUAGCACUGGAAAUCAAAAAAAUUGAUAAAUUGUUUUUGCAUUGCACCGUGGAUUUACAGAAAUGAAACCAGAUUGUGAGAAGAAAGCCGACCCUAGAGCAGGGGUAGGCAACCUAUGGCACAUGUGCCAUGCACGGCACUCUAGUAGUCUUUGCACGGCACUCAAGGCUGCUAAAGCCAAAUAGGCUCUGGCCUAUCAGGAGUUCCAGUGAAACUUCAGAUAUCUGCUAAUACGAAAAGGUGGUAAAGGGCAAUCCUCAAUUUAUACAUUGCAGCACAUAGAGGAAGUGAUAUCAGAUCACUUCCUCCCAGCACUUGUGAAUAGGAAUCCACACUGGAGUAGAGUGACCCGCAGCUGCUCUAGCCUGGUCCUCACUGGAUCCCAGGGAAGCCACCCACACUGCUAGAUAUACACAGAAAUGCAGAAUAACUCUCCCCUCAUACAAAUAAUACGAACAGCCCACACACAAUCCGCACAAACUUAACACCACUAACAAUCCACAUACAUGCACACAACCCCACAUGCAGCCUUAUAUGCAAUACCCCAAACUGCCCAGCACAAACACACACACUACCAAACACACAAUGUGACAUAUCCAUCCACACACAACUCUACAAGCAGCCCCCAUACACAGCCCACGUUCAUAGGAAUCAUACACAAUACCACAAACUACUAAUGAACAUAUACAAUAUAAAAGCUCAUAUACGCACAAAGCAACUACAGUAUAAAUAACACAAGCGGAAUACGGCAACAUACACACCUCCAUAAAAACUGUGCGGAACAUCACAGUGCUGCUAAAAGGUUGCCUACCCCUGCCCUAGAGAAUCACCAAUCCAAAGCAAAGCCUUUAAAUGGGUAAAGGUUCCAGAAGAGUUGUGGUAGCACAUGUUUUAUUAAUAUGGAAACUGGAAUAUUUGUCAAGAAAUUCUGAGAUGGGAAUGUUGGGGUCAAGAAGGUAGUGGGAGAAGCCAUGAUCAGUCUGAGAGCAGAGGUCAGGGCAUUCAACAAAGAUUUGUAGUUUUGAGAAACAAGACAAGGAUCAGAAAUCUGGGAUUUCAGUGAAGCAGAAGGUAGGAACUGCAAGUGGGCUGCAGAGUAACCAAGAGCAGUGCUAAAUGUGCUCUUGGGUUAUUUAGGCAGAGACUGUCUAAAGCGUGUGUAUGCCACAAGAAAAUACCUCUGAUGCUUCAGUGAAGCUAAUUUGGCCUCAAUUAUGGAUACAUCAUGGUCUGGCAUCAUUCCUGUGCAUUGUCAGGCAUGAUUAACACAUGCGUAGUGACUGAUGCUUGAUGUCGGUACUGCCUCAGAGUGACUCUGGAGACUCCCACACUACUGGGCACCUUGAGGAUGCUGAAAACUAGGUAUGGUAAGUCCUCUGGGGAUAUGUGACAAUGUAGCAAAGGAUUAAAUAUCUGUCAGAGAUCACCCAGCAAUGAAAGUUUUCAAUCAAGAAAUGUAAUCUUCGAAUUGUUCUCAUGUUAGAUGCAAGAUUAAUAUAACACGUGAUCUGGAUAGCAGAGCAAUAAAACAUCCACAAGAACUUUAAGAUAAAGCGAUACUGUGAAAUAAGUGACUUAUUCCUAUUAAGGAAAAUAAGUUUCAAAUUAUGUUAGGCUGAAUGAGUAAGAUGCAGGAUUGCUUUGUUAUAAAAGGAUAACUACAUUUCUUAUUUACUAGCUUAAAAGGCUGCAGUUGUAUAGCUUGUUAAAUUAUUUUCAAAGACUUCUGGAUAGACAGACUGGUAACAGAAAUUAAUAGCAAUAUUCGCUCCAAGCAUUAUAACCGUAGUGGGCACAUAAGGGACCCAGGUAAGUUGUCAAUCACCUCUUAACUGUUUGACAACUUACAAUGGAAGGGGGCCAGAGCCAUAGUUUUUCUAUUGCUUUAACCUUUUAUCCUUUUUCUAAUUAGAGGAAAGCCUCAUACCGACUUUGUUUCAUUCAGGAGAAUGUUUACCUUACAAUGCUUCUUGUUUGAAGAUUCUUCCCCUGGCAAAAAAUCUUGGGCACCUUUUUAUAAAUUUCACUUGUGUGUUUUUGUGUUUUUUUUUGUGUUUUUUUUUUUUUGUUCCGUUCCUUGCCGGUCCAAAGCCAUAAUUAUAAAAAUGUACAUAGAGGUUGAAUUCUGUACAAUGUCGGUUAUGCACGUCCCUCCUCUGCUUUUAAUAGCUGUCGUCCUUUUUUCCUUGGCUUACCUAGACCGUUCUCUAACAUGUACAUUACAGCAGAAUCACUACUGAGAAAUGCAUGUCCAGGGUGUUCCCCUAAAUCCCUUGUAUAUAUUCCUUUAUAUAAUUUGAAUCCAGAAUUGAUUUCCUUUUGGGUUGAGCACCCCACCCAUCCACCUUAGGCACUGCGUUGGAAAGUCUAAAUUUGAGGAGAAUCUCUGCAGUUGGCAUGUUUGUCUCCCAUGUUGAAAUUAGUGUAGGACCCACCAAUAUUGGGGGUUCUGUAAAAACUGUUACUCUCUUGAAUAAACUUUUAGAUCUCUAUACAAAAUGUUUUCAGUCUCCAUAUUGUAUUAUGCCUUUAGUUAAUAGUCCUUUCUUCAGCAAUAUAUCCAACAAUUGUCAUUCUGUAAGCUCACGCAGAGUAUUCCUUUAUUUUGUAAAUGUGCAUGAUUUCUACAUGUGUAGUGUUGUCAUUUCCUUCCCAAACUCAUUGCAGCAAAACUCACGAGAGUCAGAAUUCAUGCUAGCUUGUACUAUUAAAGUGUUAUGGAAAAAGCAGAUUUACAGUUACUCUCCUGCUACUUUUGGGUGAACAUUGUAAUCCUCUUCUGGGGCUGCAGCGAAGUACUGGAAAGUUCAAAUUGUGGGCUAAGUUAUUAUUAAAUGGGAUAAACUUACUAAACUCUGCAAGGUCCAGCACGGUGUCUCCAACCAGCUCUGAACUGAGGCACCGGUCCUACAGGAUGUAAAGGGAUUUUGAUGGUAAGGUAUGUCUUUAUACUAUGUAACCGGGUUGAUGUUCCAGGAGGGAUAAGCCAAAUGGCAAAUGAUUUAGGUAAACUAGAAAAAUGGUCAGAGUUGUGACAACUGACAUUUAAUGUGUAUAAAUGCAAGAUAAUGCAUCUUGGACGUAAAAACCCAAGGGCAGAGUACAGAAUAUUUGAUAGAGUCCUAACCUCAAUAUAUGAGGAAAGGGAUUUAGGGGUGAUUAUUUCUGAUGACUUAAAGGUAGGCAGACAAUGUAAUAGAGCAGCAGGAAAUGCUAGCAGAAUGCUUGGUUGUAUAGGGAGAGGUAUUAGCAGUAGAAAGAGGGAAGUGCUCAUGCCAUUGUACAGAACACUGGUGAGACCUCACUUGGAGUAUUGUACACAGUACUGGAGACCGUAUCUUCAGAAGGAUAUUGAUACCUUAGAGAGGGUUCAGAGAAGGGCUACUAAACUGGUUCAUGGAUUGCGGGAUAAAACUUACCAGGAAAGGUUAAAGGAUCUUAACAUGUAUAGCUUGGAGGAAAGACGAGACAGGGGGGAUAUGAUAGAAACAUUUAAAUAUAUAAAGGGAAUCAACACAGUAAAGGAGGAGACUAUAUUUAAAAGAAGGAGAACUACCACAACAAGAGGACAUAGUCUUAAAUUAGAGAGACAAAGUUUUAAAAAUAAUAUAAGGAAGAAUUACUUUACUGAGAGGGUAGUGGAUGCAUGGAAUAGCCUUCCAGCUGAAGUGGUAGAGGUUAACACAGUAAAGGAGUUUAAGCAUGCGUGGGAUAGGCAUAAGGCUAUCCUAACUAUAAGAUAAGACUAGGGACUGAUGAAAGUAUUUAGAAAAUUGGGCAGACUAGAUGGGCCGAAUGGUUCUUAUCUGCCGUCACAUUCUAUGUUUCUAACUUCAUGUUUUAUAGACGUUUUCCCCAUUGCCUUCUAUGUAAUCAAUGCUUACAAGAGAGAAACUCAUGUCAUCUUGUACAAUCUAGUCUGUAAUCCUCAUCUGUAAAUACCUUGAUAUAGGGGUCCUUAAUAUUAAGCAGAAUGCAGAAUUCCAGGAUUAUUAUCCAUGCAGAUCUGCACUUUAUCAGCCACUUAAAAUGCUAGAAUUAUAUCACAUAUAGCACUUAAAUAAUGUGAGUUACUAGAUUUGGUAUCUUGUUUUACCUUCAAGCUAAAACAUGCAGAGUUUGUUACCAAUCAGGUCAGCAUUGUACUAUAUAUAUAGAGAGAGAGGCAACAACACACGUGUGACCCAUAUCACAUCUAUAAAACUAACGGGAUAUCUGUUACUACAGUAACAAAAUAAUUAUAUGGCAGAAAUUCUAAUCAUUCAAACUCUGAUUAGAGAAGGACACACUAACCAAAACUAUUUGAACUAUAAAAACAUAAUGCCAUUCAUAACCAGCAACACUAGAGGGUGCCAUACUUUUAAUAUUUGUAUUAGUAGUGAUCAAUACAACUACAUUUUAAAUGUAAUCGAUUUACUGUCAGACUUGCCACCAGGAUGGGUAUAUUUAGCUGUUGUCUAUUUAACUGUGAUGGUGUUAUAGAUGGUAAUCAGGGGACACUUAAAAGCCUGAAAGCUUAGCGUGCUUGUUCGGCAUACAUUUUACCAUUGAAUGGUGGUCAUUUUAUCCAUCUUGGAAGGAUAGUAGGUUGAAAUGAUCCUGCAGAAAGUUGAAUUUUGAAGAAGUCUGUCAAAAUGUCCAUUUGAAAUCAUUUUUAAUAAUGUGACUGCCUUUGCACUAGGUGUAAAUGCCUACUCUGUUUGCAUAGUGCUUUUGUUAUCUGUAAUGUUUUUAAAUAGUGUUUUUUGUUUUGUACACUAGAUGUCACUGUUUUUUCACAUUUUACACCUAUAAUGAUAAAUUCUUUGACUGACCGGGUUCUUCAGUAGACUUUGAAUUUUAGCAAAUUAAAUCCGAUUUGGAAACCUCCUCUUUGUCAAAAUGUGUUUUUUUUUUUUUUUUGUUUGUUUUUUUUUUCUCUUCCAUUUUGCAAUUCAGUAUUGGUUUUCUAAAAUGCAAUACUUUUUUUGUUUUUUUUGCAAUAUGCAUAUAUAUUUAUAUUCUAGGUUAUCAUGUAUUAUACAUUAUCACCUGAUUUCAUUUUAACAUUAUUCAUAUAUGACUCUUGCGUGUUAAAAAUUAACUUUGUUUAGGUAUGUGAAUUUUUAUUUACUGUUUCUGUACCUUUGAUGCAGUUAUUUCAUUAAUCAGACUGUCCUGUACAUCUUACCUUUUUGCUUUCAAAGGAACACUGUUUAUAAUAUCACUCCUCCUCAACAUUGGUGCAUUACCCAUGCCUCACAUAAGUACAUUACCCAUUGAACUGUUAUGUUACACAGAACCGCCAUAAAAUGCCUUCUACGGGGAAAUGUAUUGAAUGCUGUCCAUUGUCCUAAUUUCUCCUUAUUAAAGGAAUUGCACAAGUGCAUGAUAAAAUGCAUUAACUGGUGUUGGUUGUAACUAAAAUAGUUUGUCUUACACUUACAGCUGAAAGGGUAAAGGAAGAAAAUUUGAAUGUUUUCUGUGUCCCCACAUCUUUCCAGGUGACGUUACAUUGAUAUUUUAUUUGUUUGUUUUUUUGUGUUUUUUCGGCACCACUGUUCUUUAUGGUAACAAUCAAAUUGACUGUAAACUUGUGCUCAUUAUUGCCAUUUCCUGUGUCCCACUUAAAGUGGCACUCCAUAAGCCCCAACACAAAGUUAGCUUAAUGAAGCAGUGAUGGUGUGUAGAUCAUGUACCUGCAGUCUCACUGCUGAGUUCUCUGCCAUUUAGAGUGUCCCUUUAAGACCACAUAGCAGCAUUAAAAAAAACAAAAAUGACUCAAGCUUCUAGUCUCCUUAUUUUUGAGAGCCUUACAAUGUCAAAUGACUUCUACAAAAAAGAAUUCUAAAAACCAAAUUUGAAUUUGUAUUAAUUUGCUGCAUUGUAUGUUCUGUUCUUUCUUUCUGCUUAAUCCAUCUGUGAUAAAUCCCUUUAGAAAUUUUGAUGUGGUUAUGUGUUAAUCAAAACCUCAAACAUGGCAUUGAUUUUGUUGCCCAGGCACGGCAGCUGAUCAUUGAGAAUGACUUAACUCUGACUGACCUGGACCGGCAUCCGGAGGUAAGGCACAGAUAUGCAUAUCCUUUGACGGUACAGCAUGCACCAGAAACCUAUUCUAAAUGCUGUUCUAUUUCUCUGCAUUGGCGAAGUGUAUAUACCCAUAGUACCAAUUCCAGAUGUUUUCGUCAGUUUUUUUUCAGCCUCCCUUUUUGGGAAAUGUCUCACCCCAGAAUGAGUUGAUUACCAGUUUCUCAAAACUAUGAAAAACUGUGAAAUGUCUCCAAUGCAGCAGUUUAGAUUUUGUUCCUAUUCCAAAAUGCCUUGAUGCACUGCUCAAUGACUGGCCUAAAACAAUCAUCACAAUCUGGUUUGUAAAGCGUAUCAAAUUGUCAUCUUCAUCUUUUUACUGGUAAGAAGUCUUAGUCCACUUUAUAAGAUAAUUGAAGUAAUGAUGCUGCUGAAACCAUCUUAUUUAGCAGUUUCCCUGGAGAGCAAAGACCAAUCAUUUUGGAGUGUUGUGUACUAAACCAUGAGAAUGUCCAGACUUUGGACUGUAGGUUUACUGGAUUAUCCUGCCCUGACAGGGUUAAAUUUUUUUUAAUAUAUAUAUAUAUUUUUUAAUUUUUAUUGGACUACGUCCUGUAUUAGUGGUUAUAACUGGUAGUGGUUAUGGUGCUGAGUGUUCAUUUAAUUAUUGUUGCAUUAUCCUUUGUUACAAUUACUUAUGUAGACUAAAUUUUAUUUUUUUAUUAUUUGUGUUGCUUUGAUUUUUUUUAUUUUUUUAUUUAUUGAUUUAUUUUUUUAUGAACCUGAAUCAAUUCUUUUUUAAUUUUUCUCUUUUUUUUAUUUUGCAUAACUGUUCCUCUUUAUACAGCUUGAUGUAGCCAUUGAUGGAGCAGACGAAGUGGACUCUGACCUCAACCUAAUCAAAGGGGGAGGGUACAGUAUAAACAUGAUUUUUUAUUUUUUAUUUUUUUAUGUCACUAAAAGUAUAUUUUUGUUUUAUAACCCCGGCCACAUGAGUUGGAUUCUAAUUCUGAUAAAACUUUUUAAUAACAUUUUCAUCGUAAUCCUUCAUUUUUUAAUUGAUGAAUUUGCUAGAAGUUUAGCCAAAAGGUGAGGAUUCAGUUUUAUUAUUGAAUUUGGAUGGUGUGUACAAUGUGAUUGGCAGUGAAUUUGAGAUUAAAAUGUAAUCCAUGCCAUGCAGUGUGCAUGGGUAUGUAUAAUCAAAUCAUCAUUUUAACCCCCAAUCACCCUAAAUGGAGAUAUUACUGUGCCAUAUGUCUGAUUGUAGCACUAAUACAGUGUUUUUCGUUUCUGGUUUUAGCGGCUGUUUAACACAGGAAAAAAUAGUUGCUGCUUGUGCAAAAUCGUUCAUUGUGGUUGCAGAUUUUAGGUAAGGGGCGUAGUUUUCUUCUUCUUUUGGAAGUGUUGCAAUGGCAACAUGAGGAAUGUGUCACUCAUAAAUGAAUAAAUAUGGCACUGUGGGAUGGAUGUAGGUGGAUGCUUAAUCUGUAUUUUGUGUUAUAUAUAUAUUUUUUUUAUAUAUAGCAAUCUGGGAAUUAAAAAAAUGAAAAAAUUUGUUUUGGAUUGCCAAACCCACCAUGAUGUGAUGGACACAACACUAGGUUGUGCGCUCAUGACUUACUUUUGUGUAUACUCUUAACUAGUUAAUCACCAAUAUGUUUAAACUCCACCUGAGAUCAAAUUGAGGCUCAGUUGUACAUCGAAGUAAAAAACUUAGACCCCAGUGUUCCCACACACUCUAGUCACUAACCCAAGGAGAAUGCUGAAUAAAGAUCUCCUGCUUUAAUCCAAAAUGGUCAUCCAGUCAGAUUGGGAAAUAGAACAUGGCAUCUUUUAAAAUUAUUAUUCCUGAAUUAUUGCUUCUUGUGUAUCCUGUUAUGGCACAAAAUUAGCAGUUCAUAAACUUUAGAAUCUUUGUGAAAUAAUAGCUAAAAUUCCAACCAAGUCAAAAGAUAGGGUCUACUUUGUCUCAGUAUUUUUCCAACACUCGACGACAAAGGAAUAGUCAAGCCCUCAGUUAUCAAUAGUGAAGGAGAAAAUGCUCUUUCUUUUGAGGAUCCCGCAAUCUUGCAAAUUCCUCCAUAGACCUUUUGUGUUGUACUCUUGUGCACGUGUGAGUUUAGCACGGACGUUGACUCCUGGCAGCUAAAGCACCGUGAGCUGAAGAGUACCGGAUGGAAGAUCAUCGCGGCAGCUGAGAGAUGUGCAGGUAAAGACAGGCUUACCCUCCCCUGGACCAACUCUCAGCGGCAAUGUCACCGAUGGGGGGGAGACUACUAAUCAUACAAAGACCCCAGCUGGUAACAGAGCCACUUUAAAUCCCUUGUCAUGGGAAUAUAAGAUGCCUGGGUAUUGCUGGUUUGGUCAACAUGGCAGCUUACAACUUCAUCAUUCAUUAUAACCCGGUGAUAAAUUUAUAUUUGUUUGUGUACACCAGCAGCAAUCUUUAGGAGCUUGUUAUAUUGUGUAUUUCCUGUAGGUUUUUUUUAUAUUUUUUUUUAUUUACAUAUUUUUUUUUUCUAUAUUUAAUAUUCUUAAUUUGUGUCUCCUCCUCCUCCUUUAUUAAUAGAAAAGAUUCCAAGAAUUUGGGGGAGCAGUGGAAAAAGGGCAUUCCUAUUGAAGUUAUCCCAAUGGCUUACAUGCCAGUGUCCAAAGCUUUACAAGGUCAAUUUGGUGGUGUUGCUGAGCUGAGGAUGGCUAUUAGCAAAGCUGUAAGUUAUUUUCGUCACAUACUGGGUAAUGUUUCUCUAACUUGCAAAAUUCGGAACUUACCCAAGUUCGUAACACAGAUAAAAUCUAAAUAGGUCUAACUUUUACUGAUUUCCUGUGCUACUUUGUUUUUAUUUCUCAUCAAUAUUCGUUUGUGUAAAACAUGCCUUACUGAUUGCAAUCAUACAUAAUGUGAGAAUUAAAAGUAAUAUCCAGUGACGGACACAAUCUUGUAUUUGCAGCACUUGUUUCACCAACUUCCCAUAGUAUAUCAUGGCUUUGUUCUUUGUAGACUAUUUUUAGAUCUAAAAAAAAAUGGAGUUCUUUAACAGAACACUCCAAGCAUCAGAACCCCUCCAAUUGUAAGGAGUCAAUACGUUUCUGAUCUGGGCACUGUCCCCUGCCUCCUUAACUAAUCUGGAGAGCCAGAACUUCCCUAAGCUCUCCUGAACCAUGCCUGCAAUGCUUGGUGCUUGGAGUGUUUCAUUAAGCAUAUUACUGAUAGUUCAUUUACUUAGCUUCUAUCUGUACUUGCUGCCUAUAAUGUUUGUGAAUGGCUAAAACACUAGAUAUUUUUUUUUUUUUCUUCUUUUAUUGUAAAACAGUGGUAUACAAUUCGUGCUAUUUAUCGGUAGUUCAUGUCUUCAUGAAAUGCUAUAAUUUGUCAGACUGCCAUUGCUCUGCUUCUCGGUUACAAUCCCCUCUUUAUAUCUUGUUCAUUGCUUGGACAAUUAAAACCCUUCCCAUCUUCAUGCAUGUUUUGUGCUCUGUUUGAGCAACCAAACACUCAUAUGAUGAAUAACGGACAUUCUCUGAUGUCCCAUCUCCAACCCAUAGACUGUGACAGGGAUAAUUAAGCCAUGUUAUGCUUUAUGAAAACUCUUCUGUGUUAUGUUGCCUGGUUCACUGUAUUUUUUUUUCAUCUUGUGUGCAAUAAAUCCAUAGUUAUGGAAAGAGAAAAGAAAAGGGUUCUUUGAGGGAUUCCCUUAUAGGGUUGCUGCCCAUAUAUUAGCUAGCGCUUACUCAUUGUUUUAUCUUGUUUAAAUCCAUAGUUAUGUCUUCCAUUCUUAAAAAUAAAUAAAAGUAUUUGCAUUGAUGUAACUGGUCUCUUUUUAUUUUAUGUAUUUAUUUUUUCUGUAUGUGUUCAGGGUCCAGUGGUUACAGAUAAUGGCAAUUUUCUCCUGGACUGGAAGUUUGAUAAGGUUCACGACUGGAACACUAUCAACACAGCAAUCAAAAUGAUACCAGGUAUAUCUUAAGCUCACUUUUGCAAUGUGCUUGUUCUUUACUUCCCCUUUUUCAGUUCGGUGCACCCAUGUAUGUUCUAUAUUGUUUUAUGAAGGAUAGGCAUUCUUAUUGUACCCUAAAAGUAGGCAUAUCAAUAUUGACAUGACUUGAAAAAAGGAAACCACUACACAAAAGUGCAUAUCUGUAGAAAGUAAUUUUUAUUUUAUAAUUUUUCCCCCCCCAUGUUACAGCAGUACUCCCUUGUAUAGACCUUCUUUUUUAUUUUUUUUAUUAUUUUUUUAAACAAAUUUUAGAGAAUUAAUGUAAAAAUACAGAUAUGCGCUCUCCUUGCUAGACUCCCGACCCGGGACACAAUGCACCAACAGCCUACCGACAUCCACCAUCACGAUGCCUCAUAUCCCCUCCCCCACCCCCGUGAACGCCUCAGGGUAUUUCAGCCGUGCUAGGCUCCAGUUAUGGCCAACACGACUAUCGACACUUACGAAACCUCUUUGACACCACAACCCUCACUUACCCCCGACGUUCCUUGGACGUCUUAACCCCACCGCGAGCACCAAACUGCAGACACCCACCCAACAGGAGCUCCCACGGGGACUUGAGUGUCCCACUGCAGACACAGCCACCUAUGACUUACCCAACCAGGGGUAUCAUACGCGCACGGAUGGAGCACUCCAUGAUGACCUGAAUGACACUCAGGGGUAGGCAAUAGAGAGGGGGACCACGAUCCCAUGCUAUUCAUGGCUCUGGGGGGGAAACUCUCCGACCUAUUGGCUAAGACCAACGUUUGACCACACACCAUACACACAACUAGUCAGUCCACACAGAAACUUAACAUUAUUUGCUAGCAUCACACUACUAACUACAUCACCAUAAAACAAAAAUGUGCCCUGUUAUGCAUGCUCCAACCUUGAUGUUAUAUGUUAUUUGAAUCGCCGGCAAUUGCUAUUGGGGCACUGCCAGCAAAUAUGUACAGUUUAUUCUAUGCACCAAAAAAAAAAGAAAAUACAGAUUUGCGGAUUUCUUUAUGGAGAUGUUUUCACUAUUUAACUUACUGAGUCUGUGUUUCUUUUGGGACUAGAUCUCAGCCACAAAUUUCACAACACCCUCAUUGUGGCAUACUGUUUUUAAAAGACAACUUACAUUGUUUCAUAUGAGGCAUUUUGAGUGUUUUUCACUUGAACAUUUAAUCACAAUUGGCUGUAAACUUAAGUGCACCAAUACCCUACAUGUAUACCCUUUGCCAAGUGUUUAAGGAACUUAAAGCAUAUCUACUAAAUGUUUGAAACUGGCAUCCAAGCAUUACGCUAACGAGGGGAGGCAGGGACUUCGUAUUGCCCCCAUCCAUGACCAGUUCCUGGAGGUUAUUAAAAUAAACGAAAACAGAAAGAAGGGGCAGUAUCCUAAUGGACUAUUGUAAUAUACAGGGUUUACCUUGUUCACCCCAGCACCCACCCAAUGCCAGCAGGUGGGGGGCCAUAACUAUAAUAUUCAGAGGGGGUGGUGGUGGGCCAGCUAAUGUUCUCCUCUUGGCCACCACCACCAACACAAGUGAAUGAUAAUGUGUGAUUGCUGCAUGCGUUUGGUUCUGCAUUUUAACAAAAAUGGUGCUUUGUGAAUAAUUUGAAUCCAAAAAAAGUAUAGCGAAAGCAUGGAUUUGGGUCAUUGCUGCAGAUUUGCCAGAGUCCAACUGAAUUCCAACCAUAUUUAGAAUAAGGGAUAUCCGAGUCAGUCACUGAUAUGCUAAGAGUGUUUAGCUUUAGAUUACCGUGGGAGCCAUUCUUUGAGGUAGGGGGAGUUCCUUUCAUGGAAGCCCCCCACCUAGCUACAGAUGAAUACGUACUGAUUGCUGAAUAUAUAGCUCUCCCACCACAAUAUAUAAAUAUGUUAUAAAAAAAUCACUUUUUUUUUUUUUUUUACUUCCGUGAUGUAUUUUUAUAUAAUUUUUUUUUUCCCCUUUUUCCACAAACACUUCCUUGCAUGUUACGUUUAAUCAAGAUAUUAUUGUUCCUCUAUUCCACCCUUCACUACAUCUGCGUGACCACUAGAUGGAAGCAAUCUCCUUAAAGUGUUCUGUUCUAUUAUUCACAGCAGUCAAACAUUUGAGACUGUUGGGGUUGCUGUAACUCUAAUGUUGCUAGAACAUGCAGAUCAUGUGCAAUAUAUUUUUUUGGAAUGUGUGUUUAUCUUGUGUUUAAAUAUAUUCGACAGGUUUCAAAUAUAAAUUAAGAAUAUUGGCUUAAUCAUAGUGUGUCUGUACAGUAAUGUUUCUGGUGGCAAAUAUCAUUACAGCAUGAAGUGAAGCAUUAUACUCGCAACACUCAGACACUGGAUUAGAUUAAUUGCCAUCACAUUCAUACAGGCUUCCUUACAGUAUCAAGCUAAUGGCAGCAUUUAAUCCCUUAAGGACACAUGGCGUGUGACAUGUCAUGAUUCCCUUUUAUUCCAGACGUUUAGUCCUUAAGGGGUUAAAGGACACUAUAGGCCCCCAGACCACUUCAUCUUAUUGAACUGGUCUGGGUGCAGUGUACCUGUCCUGCAAUAUGAAGCCUUGCACUUUUAGAGAAACUGCAAUGUUUACCUUGCAGGGUUACGACUGCUUCUAGUUGUCUCACAACUGGCCACUAGAGGCGCUUCCUGCAAGUUCAGAUCUUGCAUGUGAGGUUGUAGGUGUCUGGAGGUGUGGGAAGCUGUUGUGGGGCUGUUUUUGGUUAAGAGGUUGCUUGUGGCCCCACAACAGCUUCUUCCGCCCCCCAGUCACCUACAACCUCACCGUACAUACAAAAUGUGGGGGUGUGUGGUGGUGUUGGGUGGGUAUGUCCUAGGCGGUGUUGCAUAGGGGCAGUAUAUUCUGACCACUUCCCAUGUGAAAAGAAUAAUCCCUAUGAAAGUUUUUUCCUUUUUGACUGGUGACCAUUUCCUUUUAAUUGUGGAGAUAGAGAUAUAUUUAUUUAUUAUUAUUAUUAUUAUUAUUAUUAUUAAAUAUAUAUAUAUAUAUAUAUAUAUAUAUUUUUUUUUUUUUUUUGGGUAAAAAUUUAGUCUGAACUGCAAUAAUCACUCAGUGGCAUCUCUUCUAGACACACUUUUCUAAUAGUAGAUAGUGUCCCCUUUGCCCAUCACAUCCUGAUUUGUGGUAUCAAUUCAAGUUGCUGCAGAUGUGUUCACUGCAUAUUCAAGGAACUGCUUUGGAUUGAGACCUGGAAGCUAUGAAAUCCACUAAACUCAAUGUUAAAUUAAUUGAAGCAACUUAGAGAUUACUGGUGCUUUUUGACGUGACCAGUUAUCACGCUGGAACAAGCCAUUAGAAGGAGUACACUGGUCAUUAAGGGAUCCACAUGGUCAUCAGCAAAACAUGGAACAUUUAAACAAUAUUUAUUUGGUAUUAAAGGAAUACUCCCAAGUACCAAACCUACUAUAGUGCACUGACUCGGGCAAUCCUCCCAUUAUAAAUAGUCAAAUUAUUUUUAUAAUGGUUUGAGAUCUGAUCUGGGGUUCACUAACUGGACUAGCUUAUUGGCCUGAGAGUGUCCACUGACCCUUCUCAACCAGUGAGCUAAGCCCAGAGAGGAGUGCCCAGAGGACACCAUUUUAGAAGUCAAAGCAUUAUAGAAAUCAUUUAAGGUGCCUAUGUGCCAAGAAAAUAUUUAAUUACACCACCAGCUUUGGCAGUUGACCCACACCCACCGCAGGAAGACACAAGGACUGUUGCGUUUUUUUGUUUUGUUUUUGUUACUCCAGACUCUACCAUUUGCAUCUUGCAUUAGAAAUAGAGAUUCAACCAGAUUACAUGUUUCCAGUUUUCCUUCGGUUGUUGUAACCCAUCCAUUUCAAGAUUUACAGAUGAUCAGCCAUUGCGGAGAUAAACUAUCACAUCCAGCACUAAUAAUACAAUCAUGGUCAAAGUUGUUUAAAUCAAAAGGGUGGAGCUAACGCAUGAAACUAAACCGUCGCCAUUUCUUUGAGCUCCUCACGGGCCCAACAAAAUCCACCUAAUAUCUCCUACCGGACUUGCCAUCAAGCUUCGAAACCACGAAAACUACACACAGGCCACUUUACCGCAUCGACUGAUGCCUUUUCAGUACACACAGAGGAAAAAUAAACAGAGGUGCAAAUCUCGGGCCUAAUGCUACCCGACACCUCAAGGCCUAGACUCGCUCCUUGACUCCAUCAGAGCGCACACUCCAAACAUCCCGGAGCAGCUCUGGUCGCCACUGCUGCCCGACACUCCAACUAUGAAACAUUAUACACCGAAACCCGACAGGGACAUAGGUGCUAUGCAGCCUCGAAGACUCCAACAGCAGAGGUCGACCACGCCACAGCGUUCCCACCCUCGGGGACAGAGAGCAGGGACACGGAAACCAGGCAAACACAACACCAUGAGCCAUCCCAAAGCUUACAGCAGGCGGACAGCAUGGCACCGACCACUAAAGGUGACCUCAAACUACUACUCGCAGACCUCCAUAAAAUAGCAGCCAACCUUGCACUUGUACACACGGAAAUUCAUGCAAACACAGACCGCAUAAAGGCCAUGGAGGAAAGCAUCCUGGAUGUCCAUACUGAGGUGUCCCACCUUAAGAGCCCAGUACAGCAGCUCAAUACCCUCCACCAGGCACUCGCACACUGGCUGACAACCCUUGAAGAUCAGCUACGGCAGAACAACAUUAAAAUCCGAGGCAUACCAGUGGCGGUAGGAGCUGAAGAACUCCCGCAUUAUACCCAGAGGCUGUUAGCCGCCAUACUCCCACCAGCGGUUGGGGAAAAAAGUCACACUAGACUAUUCCGAAUCACCAGCAUGGCCAAGCCCUCCAAUCCUGAGCCACGGGAUGUGAUUGUCCUCUGCACCUCUGCGAAUGACAAAGGCCAUAUUAUGGCGACAGUACAAGGUAAAACUCCACUGCAGUUUGAGGACUCCUCAUUAAAUUUCUUUUUUAAGACCUAACUAGGGCAAUGCUUCAGUGGCGCAUACAAAUGGGCCCCAUCACGACUCUCCUCCGGUCAAAGGAGUGCCAUACCGCUGGGGAAUGCAGGGCACCUUACUCGUAACCCAGAACGGAACUACCCACACACACCACAUUCACUGAGGCGCCAACACUCUACGCAGCCCUCUGGAUAGAAGCACCUGACCUCAGCAUCCCUGGAAGUACCACGAACGGUGGUCCCCUUUUGUGCCAUGACAUGGGAGCCUCUCAUAAACAGAGACUUGACUGUGGGAAAAAAUCCAGUUAGAACCCACUGACACAGCCACGGGACUUAGCCAUAGAUAACCUUAUUGUAUAUUUUUUGUUUUCGCGAUCUACAUAUUCAGUUUCUCCCUACCACUGAGUAGAACAGAGUUAUCAAAGUUAUUGAGGCCCAGUAGCCCCUGAUAUUGCGUAUCUGAUUACCUUAGGGACUAACCAUGUAAGUGUAUAUGAUGUAAUCUGCCAUAUGUUAUUUAUGUUGGUUGUAUUGGUAUAUUUGGCCAUGACCAUAUUUAAAAAAACAACAAAAAAAAUUUUUUAAGAGCUAUGAAGAAACGCUGAGUUGCGAAUGGAUUAGAGGUGCUUUCGGUCGGAUAAGAUGGACUAGUGAGGACUCUAGUGUAGACUAGGAAUGAUUUUAGAUGUAAAGUUGGAAAUAAAGAAUGUGAUUAGUAGAAGUAAUAUUACUAAUGCAAUUUGAAUUUCAAUGUUGAGAAACUAUAUUGUUUCUCAUUUUAGAGAUGACUUCAUCAGUAGUAGACCGGGUGUAAGUGAUAUGAAGAAAGCUAGGGUAAAAACAAUCAGGAGAGGAAAGUAUUUUACUACAAGCAAAAUGGGAUAAUUUAGGUAAACGGCUGUAGCAAGCACCAUCGAACCCUUCUAAUGCUUAAUUCAGUGGAAGUUCUAAGAAUGGUAUGAGCAUGAAUUCAAUUUUGAAAACAUUAGGGUAUGGUUAGAAUCACUUGUAGUAUACACUUUUGAAAAACGUAGAAUAAUCCACAGGGGAAAAGGGUAGAACUCUCCUGACAUUAUAGUAUCUCUAAUAUGAUGUUGUUGGCAGCCCUUGUAUCCAUGGUUAACAUGCACGGUUCCGCAUUCUCUAAAUCACAAGCUGAUUGUGUUUUCUAGUUUUAUUUUAUUACAACACAAUCACAAAAACAUAACGAUUGUUGCAAACGGUUAUAUUUACCUCCAUUACUGGUGGAAGGAUUCCAAAUACGAUCCCUGUGACGGACGAGAAGGAAAGUUAAAAGUUGAAAUUAAUAUAGUAUAAGUAACAAUAGUCGUAACAAGCAAGACAUUAUUUUCACAUUCUGUCAUGCACUGUAGUAUUUGAAUAUAUCAUUUUACUUUAUGGAAUAAUGGAAGUUUUUAUCUGUUAUUUUUAAGUAUUACAGUGGGCAAAACGGCACAUUUUAAAAGCACGAUUUGUGUGAUACAUUGACUCUUGCAUCAAAACAUGGCAUUCGGUCUUGACGAUAAGGAUGUAGUUCUAAAGAACGCUGGCAUUGCUAAUGUGGGAGGGGAACGUUGUCAUGCAGGAGCUAAACAAAUCAGUCAGAACACUCAUCGGUUUCUACGGGGACUUUCGAAAUUCUGACUUUAUCCUGUAGAUCAUCUCCCCAAAUCCCCUUCUCCAGCAAACGUUUGAGUGGAGCAAUAGUUUCUGGAAGUUGUAAUUCCCCUCCUCAACCUUUAAUGUAGGAUCACUUUUUAUAGCUGGACUACUAAUACUACUAUUGGUACUUCCUGAUUACCUGAACAACUUUUUUAUUGGAGAAACACUGCAGACUGGAAUGGAACUGUAACCUCCAUUGCCUACCGUAAUCAGCCAGGGAGAAGUAUUUUAGGCCACAUGCCAUUAAAUGCAUAAUAUAUAUUUUAAUGUCUAAAAUGUCCUUCUACUCUGGUGUCCUUUUCACAUUUUGUGGGAUACCGAAUUUUUGUUUUUUAAAUUGUUUAAAAAUAAAAAAUUAAAUGCAUUUAUUUUUGCUAAUAGUUUGUACACAAGUGCUGGCAAAAUGAAGUCCUACGAAAUAGGUUUGUUUAUUGUGAUUUUGUCUGUUCUGCUUUUAAACUACAAAUAUCUCACUUGUGAUUGCUGUGAUCUGGAAAUCCUUGGAACAGAGCUGUUACCAACACUGCCUGCAUCUAUUUGGCAUUUCUCACCAUGUAAUAAGCGAUUGCCUAGAAGUGCUGUAGAGUUGCUGAUUAUUCAAAGUGUUCCAGAGUUAUAAUAGACAUUUUGCCAAUGAUCAAACUGUAAACAGCCGUACUGUGAUCACUUGCAUGCAUUGCGGAAUCACUGGGAGGGAUGGACCAGAUUUUUGUUUUUGUGAAAGGGGUUAAGAUCCCGCAGUGGAGCUAAACCAAUCAAUCCAUUCAUACAGUCAUGUGCAAAUCUCUAACAAACGGUAAGAGAGCACUUAAUCAGAGGGUACAUGGACCCCAAUUGUGAUUAAAAGCAAUGAAAUUAAAAAAAGCACUUUUUUGGUCCAGCACAGCCUCAGAUAAAAGUUCUUUUUUUGGUGCCCAUGGCAAAUGGGUUUUUGUUUUUAGCACAUAAUAAUGGAAUAGCUUUAAUCAGACUCUAUGCUGAACCAUCCAAUUUGUUUUUAUUUAUGCAUUUUAUACAUUAAUAUCGUUCUGAUUUUUGACACAUCAGCCAUUGGAAGGCAUUCUGUCAUUCUCUGAUGUAAUACACUAUAGUCUAGUAAUGACCAGUCAUCAAAGAAUAUUUGCUGUGUGUAGUCUGCUUAUGUGUCACAAAAACAGGUGCAGGUCAAACGUUGGAUAUAGUCAUCCUGCUGCUUCUGUUUCAAUGUCCUCAGCUGAGAUUAAACUCAUUCUAGUUUCUCUGUGUCAGUAACUGAUUCAUUGUUUCUUGGAAUGGAUUGUAAAAAUUUUUUUAUUUUUUUAUUUUUAUUAUUUCUAUGUAGUUUUCUGUUAAGCAGGGUACUUUUUACUAAAAGACCCAACUAAAAACAUUGCCCAUAUACUCCCACUACUCAUGGGCAGCAAUGGCCCAUGAAUCAGCCCAAAUACAUAGAACAGAAAUCCAAAAGAGUUACCUGUACACUUUCCCAAACAUUUAAAUAGCUAGUGGGAUUUUUAUUUUUGGUAUCACAUCAAUGGCUGUUUAAGUGUAAGCACAGGUAGCACUUUUUGGUUUCUGUUUUAUAUAUUUUGAUUGUAGGAGUUUGCGUGCAGGACUACAUUUUGCGUUUUUUUUUUUUUUUACAUUUAUUUUAAUUUUAUUUCUUCUCUAAUACACAGCCAUGUUUACCCUGUUAAGGGUUAAGUGUAUAGGGGUUCAUAAAACUACAGCUUUCUGUCUCUUAGGUUUUUUUUUUAUAUUUUUUUUUCUUCUUUCUGAAAUCAGAAAGGUGAAUUGUUGGCGUAUGACUCAUAUAAGAGGUUUGCCUUGAUAUGGCCGGUGAGCUUACACUUGAAUUACAAUCGGUGUGAUAUAAAGAAAAACAUCCAGUUCUUUAACCCCUUAAGGGCACAUGACAUGUGUGACAUGUCAUGAUUCCCUUUUUAUUCCAGAAGUUUGGUCAUUAAGGGGUUAAAUGUGCAUUGGGAUUUGAGCGAGAGCACAGGUUACUCCUUUUUGGUUUCUGUUCGAAGACCGUUAACUGAAUCACACCGUUUUUAUCAAUUGUUCUCAUAACUGUAGUAAAACCGUAAUGCUUUGGUUUCCAUAACGACAACACAAGGAUACAUGCUGUAUGCGUCCCCUCUGAAUAAACAGUUUAGUGAUUUGUUUUAGCCAGCUGUAGGAGUAGAUGUACAAAUACAACAUGUGCUGGCACUCAAUCACGUCUAAGGUGCAGGUAUUCGAGGUUAACCCUAAUAAAGCCUCAUAAUAUCAAUCAAUAAAUAUGAAUACCGCACUCUGGUCAUAUAUAUGACAAAAAAUCAAUGAUAAACGUAAAUGGUAAUGCAAUUAAUUUAUUAUUCCCUUAACUAACUUUCAAAUCCAUUAAUGAUUACAAAAAUAUAGAAGAUAAAUUUCAUAGUAUAUAGAGUUACAUGCAUUUCAUCCUAUGUACAAUAGCUAUUUACAAAAAAAACCUCCAUAAAUACUAUUUAAAUUCAUUAUAUGGAUAUAUAUACAGCUGGGGGAUUUUCUGAUAGGUUAAAAAUGUAGAGGGUAAAUGUGUUCCAGCAGGCUAAAUGUUCAAAGCUUGCUUCUGUAAAUAAUGAUCCUGCUGCAACCUCAUCAGAAGAUCAGUGACUGCAGGGGCCUUCGAAGGGACAUGGAUGUCCCGAGCGCGCAGCCCAAGUACUGUCAGCGAUCUUAAGCCAGAUGCACACAUACUUAUGGCGGUGAGGUGAUCUUCUGAUGAGGUUGCAGCAGGAUCAUUAUUUACAGAAGCAAGCUUUGAACAUUUAGCCUGCUGGAACACAUUUACCCUCUACAUUUUUCACCUAUCAUCAGAAAAUCCCGCAGCUUCUUCAAUUCUCCACAUAAAGAGGACAUUCCAAUUGGUGAGAUCCACCCAUACAUAGAAAUUCAUACAGUGCACUAUAUAUAUUUUUGGACUGUUGUACACAAGGACUUUAUUUUUCAUUGUUUACUUUCUUUUUUGCCUCUUUUAUAUAUUUUUUUUUUCAUUUUUCCCAUGAAUUUUUCUUUUGUCUUUUUUCUUUUUCUGUGCAUACAGACAGCAGCAGGUUGUAUCAUAUUGGAUACUCCGCUCUGACACUACCGGUGGGAUCAUUACCAGCUGUAUAUAUAUCCAUUUAAUGAAUUUAUAUAGUAUUUAUGGAGGUUUUUUUGUAAAUAGCUAUUGUACAUAGGAUGAAAUGCAUGUAACUCUAUAUACUAUGAAAUUUAUCUUCUAUAUUUUUGUAAUCAUUAAUGGAUUUGAAAGUUAGUCAAGGGAAUAAUAAAUUAAUUGCAUUACCAUUUACGUUUAUCAUUGAUUUUUUUUGUCAUAUAUAUGACCAGAGUGCAGUAUUCAUAUUUAUUUAUUGUAGGAGUAGAUGCUCUAACUAUUAAGAUUUAGUUAUAAAGUGCCAGCGGAUUCCAAUUUUCAAGAUCAAAAUCUUCAUACAGAAUACAAAUAAUGAUUGCUAGGCAUUUAGUUGUUACUUCAUCACCAUCCAGCUUCUGUCUCUGUAGUCAGGAUAGGUUUCUAUGAGUCGAAAAUCGUGUGUGUGUGUGUGUGUGUGUGUGUUACAAAAGGCUUUCAGAAACCUGUAUACUGUGACUGACCUUUUAUUAAUGGCCCACAGAUUUUUAUUUUUGUUGUUGCUUUUUAUAUAUUUUGCCUAAUUCUAAAUCUAAUUAUUCUGGAUGUCAGCCCUAUUGCAUUCAAAAAUUGCUAUUAUUUUGUGUGUUGAAACUAACUCCCUCCCACCCCCCACCCCAAUCUUCUCCCCAGGUGUGGUAGAUACUGGCCUCUUCAUCAAUAUGGCCGAGAGGGUGUAUUUUGGAAUGGAAGAUGGAACAGUUAGUGUCCGCGAUAAACCUGCCCUCUAAUUCCUAAGUUGCCAGCCGUUGUCUGUUGUCAUGGAAUGUUUGUGCCAAGUAGACUUCUCAUUUCUUCCCAUGUUCCUCAGCUACAUUGUGUAUUUCAUUUGCUGUUUUGUACUCUACAGUUUUUUUUUGUUUUUUUUUUCUAUAUAUUGUAUCUUCCACAAAAAUGGCAUACAGGCAACCUAAUGGGUUAUGACUUUCUUUGAUGACCACACUUUAAACUUUUAAGUGCCAAGUGAAGUGUGUAUUGUACAAUGUGCCAUUUGUUGUGACAUUUAGAACAUAGCCCUUAGCGGUUUCCACCGAAUCAGCUACUCUUGUGCCAUUGAAAGGGGAAAAAAAAAAAAUUUCAUUUCCAUAUUGGUUUUGAAAGUUAAGUUUAAAGAGUAAAUAGCUGAAAAAUUCAAAAAAUAAAAAAAAAUGUACAAUGCACGGUUCUCGAAAACGUUAAACCAUUGUUGAAACACUUGUAUAUUUUUUUUUGAUGUGUGUCUGUGCCUUAUGCAGUUCAUUUCUGUUUUAUAUUUUUCUGUAUCUCUUUAAUAUUUCAUGUCAGUGCUUAAGACAUUUCUAGGCAAUGACCAAUAUUGCUGCACUGUGGUAUGCCGUCCAAUAACUACAUAACAAAUGGGAAAUAAACUUUUUUGGUAUCGUCCAACCUGCAAGUACUAGUUUAGUUUUUUUUUAAAAUAAAAAUAAUCCAGUUUUCUGUAUGUGUGACACACAGCUGGCAAGGUACUCCUGCCUCGGUACUUGGAAUUUAAUAACUAUCCCUCCAAUAACAGAUUACUUACGGAGUCUGUAAGGCACAAUUGUUACCGCUGCUUCUGUAUCCAAGCAAUGUAAAAUAUGGUUCUGUAUUCUGCAAUAAAGACUGUAGAUGAAAACUUAACAAGCGGACUGUUUUUGAAUUUGUGACAUGCCAGUGGUCAAAUUAAAC